GCUCCACUGCGCACAUCUUUACGUAUGCCACGACAGAACUCCAGUUCCAGCCGCUCUGGACAAGUGGACAUGAGAGUGCGCUUUGCUCCAUACCGGCCACCGGACAUCGCCCUGAAGCCGCUUCUCUUCGAGGUGCCCAGUCUGACCCCCGAUGCGGUUUUCACCGGUCGAGAAUGGCUGUUCCAGGAAGUCGACGUUUGUCUACGCAGCAGUGAGUCCACUGCCAGUCAAGGUGUCGUUAUUGUUGGCAACGUGGGCUUCGGCAAGACGGCCAUCAUCUCUCGCUUGGUGGCUCUCAGCUGCCACGGCAACCGCAUGAGACAGAUCACCUCUGACAGUCCACAUGCCUCACCAAAACAUGGCGACACACUGCCUUUGAACCAGCCUCAGUCCGCUCACGGCACUCUGGUCGGUGGGAGCAACUGCCCUGGAACGCCCGAGAUGCGGAGACGCCAAGAGGAAGCACUCAGAAGACUGGCUUCUCAGGUGGUGGCGUACCAUUACUGUCAGGCCGACAACGCAUACACCUGCCUGGUCCCUGAGUUUGUGCAUAAUGUGGCAGCGUUGUUGUGCAGGGCUCCUCAGAUGCAGGCCUACCGAGAGCUGCUGCUCCGUCAGCCGCACCUGCAGAGCACACUCAGCCUGCGCGCCUGCGUCCAGGACCCUUUCAACGCUUUCCGCAGGGGCCUGCUGGAACCUCUGGAGAUCCUGCAUCGAGAGAGGAAGAUUGCGUGUGAUGAGAAUCUCCUGAUUGUGAUUGACGGGUUGAAUGAGGCGGAGUUCCAUAAACCGGAUUACGGAGAAACCAUUGUUUCCUUCCUGUGCAAAACCGUUGAGCGUUUCCCUCCCUGGCUUAAACUGGUGGUCACUGUCAGAACAACACUGCUGGAUGUAUCUCGUCUGUUGCCGUUCCACCGUAUCUCUCUGGACCGUCUGGAGGAAAUUGAUGCGAUUGACUCGGACUUGCAGGGCUACAUCCUGCACCGGCUUCACUCCAGCCAGGAGAUCCAGAACAACGUGGCACUCAAUGGCAAGCUAGACAACGCAGCCUUUGCCAAAUUCAGCACUCAUCUGAAAAGUCUGAGCCGGGGCUCCUAUCUCUACCUGAAGCUCACGCUGGACCUCAUUGAGAAGGGUUACCUGGUGCUCAAAAGCUCCAGCUUCAAGGUGGUUCCGGUGAAUCUGGCUGAGGUUUACCUGUUGCAGCUGAACAUGCGUUUCCCAACUCAGUCGUCAUUCGAGCGCGUUCUUCCGCUGCUUAACGUGGCCGUGGCUUCUCUACACCCGUUAACUGAUGAGCAGGCCUACAGUGCCGUGAACGCCGGCAUGGUGCAUGGAGCUGCCAUGGACUGGGAGGAUUUCCAGCAGAGGUCUGAACUCCUUUUGCCUUUCCUGGUGAAAAGACGUGAUGGAACGCGGAUGUUCAUCCACCCCUCCUUCAGAGAGUGGCUCAUCUGGAGAGAGGAUGGAGAGAAGACCAAGUUCCUCUGCGACCCCAGGAGUGGCCACACACUGCUUGCUUUCUGGUUUUCACGGCAAGACAGCAAGCUUAAUCGACAGCAGACCCUCGAACUUGGCCACCACAUUCUCAAAGCUCACAUCUUUAAGGGCCUGAGUAAGAAGGUUGGCGUUUCCUCUUCAGUUCUGCAGGGGCUGUGGGUGUCCUACAGUACAGAAGGGCUCUCUGCAGCUUUGACUUCAUUGAGAAAUCUCUACACUCCGAACAUCAAGGUAUCUCGGCUGCUGAUUAUGGGCGGAGCUAACGUGAACUAUCGUACAGAGGUGUUGAAUAAUGCCCCCAUCCUGUGUGUCCACGCUCACCUGGGCUACCUGGAGACUGUGACUCUGCUGUUGGAGUUUGGGGCGGAUGUGGAUGGCGUUUCAGAGAGCGGACUCACUCCUCUUGGCUACGCAGCCGGCGCGGGUCACCUACCCAUCAUCACCACCCUCUGCAGCAAGAAAGCCAAGGUGGAUCACCUGGAUAAGAAUGGUCAGUGUGCGCUUGUCCACGCGGGUCUGCGGGGUCAUCUAGAUGUGGUGAAGUAUCUGGUGCAGUGCGAGUGGAACACAGACGGACAGCAGGCCGGAUCCUUCAACAAGAGCCAUGCAGUACAGCAGGCCCUCAUAGCAGCCGCCAGUAUGGGCUAUACAGAACUUGUAUCCUACCUGCUCGACCUGCCCGAGAAAGAUGAGGAAGAGGAGGAACGAGCUCAGAUAAACAACUUUGACACACUGUGGGGUGAAACAGCUCUGACAGCAGCAGCAGGUCGGGGGAAGCUGGACGUGUGUCGUCUUUUACUGGAGCAGGGUGCCGCCGUGGCUCAGCCCAACCGCAGGGGCAUCGUGCCACUCUUCAGCGCCGUGCGGCAGGGACACUGGCAGAUAGUGGACCUGUUGCUGAAUCACAGCGCUGACGUGAACAUGGCUGAUAAACAGGGACGAACUCCUCUAAUGAUGGCUGCGUCUGAGGGACAUCUGGGUACGGCGGAGUUCCUGCUGGCUCAAGGUGCCUCAUUAUCUCUGAUGGACAAGGAGGGGCUAACAGCACUGAGCUGGGCGUGUCUUAAAGGCCACCUCCCAUUGGUCCGUGCUCUGGUUGAAAGAGGUGUGGCAACGGCCCAUGCAGAUAAGAGCGGCCGCACUCCACUGGACCUUGCCGCUUUUUAUGGCGACUCAGAAGUGGUGCAGUAUCUGGUGGAUCAUGGUGCGAUGAUCGAGCAUGUGGACUACAGCGGCAUGCGUCCGCUGGAUCGAGCAGUCGGCUGCAGGAACACAUCAGUGGUGGUGGCGCUGCUUAAGAAGGGAGCCAAGAUAGGUCCUGCAACAUGGGCAAUGGCCACAUCAAAACCUGAUAUUAUGAUCGUUCUGUUGAGCAAACUGAUAGAGGAAGGAGAUGGAUUCUACAAGAAAGGAAAGGUGAAAGAAGCCGCCCAACAGUACCAGUAUGCCCUGAAGAAGUUCCCACGAGAGGGUUUCACAGAGGACCUGAAGACCUUCCGUGAGCUCAAAGUCUCUCUGCUGCUCAACCUCUCCCGUUGCCGCAGGAAAAUGAACGACUUUGGGAUGGCGGAGGAGUUUGCCUCCAAGGCACUAGAGUUGAAACCCAAAUCCUAUGAAGCCUAUUACGCACGAGCCCGUGCCAAGCGCAGCAGCAGGCAAUUCCACGCAGCCCUGGAGGACCUGAGUGAAGCUGUGCAUCUAUGUCCCAAUAACCGUGAGAUCCAGCGCCUGCUGCAACGUGUAGAAGAAGAGUGUCAUCAGGUUGAACAACAACAGGAUCUGGAUCUGCCUCCUUCCCCUCCCCGUGAUCAAGCCCCAUCCAUGGUCCCGCCACCUCCAAUGGAGCCCCAUAUUUCAGACAUGGAGCCAGUUCAGGACUUGUUUGAGGAGGAGGAUGAUGAUUACCUUGAGCGGGAUUUAGAUGGCCUACCGCUUGGUGUUCCUGCUGAGCCCCACAUUAUACUAUCGGGACUUCCUGUCAUUCAAAACAUGCCUCCAUCUCCGAGCCAUCAUGAUUCACCCUACUUGGGCCAAGCGUACGACCUUCGCCCCAGUCCCCCUUCAAUGUCCUCUCCUACUAGGCAAGGCUACCAAUCCUCUUCUCCAUCGCUCUCACCAACGCACCAGAGCUCGCACUUUCGGCCCAGUCCCCCUCAUCAGGCUUCCUACCACUUCAGCCCACCGCCAUCACCAUUACGCCGUGGACCACAGUAUCGCGCCAGCCCUACCUCUGAGGGAGUCGCCAUGUACCGUCACCAGUCCGCCUCUGCAGGAUGGUACCAGCAAGACCAGCUUGCAGGGCGACCCAAGUCCCCUCUGUCCAAGAUGAGCAGCCAACGUUCUUUCCAAUUUUCCCAACAGACUUCCCAGCCGUCACAACAGACCCAGUGGUUGCAGCCAGCCAAGGCACAGAUCGUCCGAACCAACCAGCCCAGCACUGCGGUACACUCCAGUGCCAUACUGGGUAGUAGUGCAUACAGUCAGAUUGCUCACUCGAUGAGCGCCCGCUGCCCAGGAGACAUGGAUGAACUUGGGGAUGGAGGGUACUCUUCCUCACUUCAACCUCAGGGCAGUCUGAGUGCAGGGGCCUUGUACCAGCGUGCCAUCAGCAUGGAUCCUGGCCUUGUGGAGGACGAGCUUCCCCAGAGGCCCUCCUCUGCUUACAGACCCAAUCCCGGAGGAGUCCGUUACGCUCAGACACCACAGAUCAGCCGCAGUCAGUCAACCGCCUACUAUCCAGUCUCGCCUCACGAAAUGGAGCGACAGGUGACUCUGGGUUCACCAGAGAACCUUCAAGCCCACCGACGUCCAGUCAGCGCGAAUAGUGCUGAACCCAAACAGCACCCACCAGCUCCACGCCCCCUUAUUCACUCCCACAGUACGGGUCUACGCUUCUCUCCAUCCAGCAACAGUUUGGUGGCAGGUUCCGCUGCUAACCUAGGCCCAGGGUUCAGGCCGUCAGCUUCUGCGCAGCAAAUGGAGAUCCCUCUAAAGCUUUCCUAUGAAGGCAGCUACCAUGAUGACCUUUCACCAGAGUCACCCCCACAAGGCACAGACUUCGGGGUGGUGGGUGGAACAUAUCCAGGAGAAGCGCUUCGCUCCCGCGCCACGCCUUUCAUGGGCAUUAUUGACAAGACCGCACGGACUCAGCAGUACCUUCAGCAGCAGCCUUCGUUUGCAUCAUCCUCUUCGGGUUCUCGACCAUGGACCAUUUCUUCACUGGAUACGGUGGUGAACAGUCCAGCCACCUCCACUAGCAACAUGGGCUACAGGCAGCAAGCAGCACCCCUCAGCCAUAUUGCGUACUACAACCGCACCAACAAUGCUCACAAUGGUCACCUCAUGGAUGACGAUUUCUACAUCAACUCCCCUGGUGUGAUGCGGGACCGGGCGGAUGCUAUGGGCCGAGUUAGCCAGAUUCCCACAUACCCAGAUGUGAAAGUGGCACGGACUCUGCCAGUUUCCCAGGCCUACCAGGACAAUGAGUUUAAGCAGAUGUCUCGAAAUGAAAGGCAAGGCCCAACCUCACCCAUUAAACCAAAGAGACCCUUUGUGGAGUCUAAUGUGUAAGAAUAAAGAGUCAGUGUGCAAGAUUUAUUAGAAAAUUCUCGAGGAAUAUCUAACAUGUUGACCAACUUAUCUCUUCGUUUUACUGAUUCUAGCAUGUACAAAUCAAAUGCAUCUAUAUUUGCUCUGGACACAAAAAUGUAAGUAUCAGGAUCCAUUGGAGUUAUAGUAGGCCUGUGUAACUGCUGUACACCAACCUUCUACUUUUCUGUACCUUCAUGAGAGGGUGGCUGCUCAAUGCCAGUCAUGAACACAUUGCUGAGCAUGGCCCCUGCACCAGACAUCCCCACUAAUGUCCUCACUCAGACCAGUAAUAAUCCCGGAGAAUCUUGCUGUGUCUCAAGUUGAAAAUGUACCUAAGAUAUUCCAGAUCAAUAUUGCUAAAGCAAAAAACUAAUAUUUAAUAUUUUAAGUUAUGUUUGUAUAAAUAUAUAUAUGUAUACACAUAAAUUUCAAUGCAGUUGUGUUUUCAGUUUGCCUUGAGUUGACAUGCACUCAGCAAUGUGAAAUAUUUUUAGACUUUUUUUGGGCAUUUUUAUUUUUUGUCAACAGGUUACAAAUAUCAACAGGAUCGCUACUUUUAAUGCAAUGCAAAUAUCUGUAGUGUUUGGUUAAUAAUUUCACAUCUGCUCAAGGGAAGUAGCAUUCAGGUGGUCAGCCGUUAAUUAACUUGCUCUAUAGUAGUCACACCACUAAAGCGGAAAUUGUCUUUUCCAAAGAAACUUUUCUCAUGGGAAGUAGGCGUGGGGAAAACUUUUUUGCAGCCUCAGAAUCCACAUGCUCUCAUUCAUUAUGUUUUGAGAGUUUAUUUGUGCACUGAAACAUGCCUUCAGAACAUUUUCCCUGUUUGUUUAAAACUGUGAGUACUUCCUUUCAGAUAUGGGAAACCUGACUUGAUGUCAAAGCCUGUGUCAUGUUUCACCAGUAACAUACUAUUGGUAGGUCAGGUACUUUUUUUUUUACGGAUGUCUUGGUGGCAUAUUAUGGGAAGACUGUGGCAAGUCAGAUUCACUCACUGGAUCUUGCUUUACUAAUCAAUGUUCAACUGCUGUUGAAAAAGAGCAGGUCUUUUUUGCAGUGUUUUAAAGUUAUAUGAGGUGCACUCAGAGUUGACCUGGAAUACUGCUUACUGUACAACAGUGUUUGUAUUUAACUAUUUGUUUUCCUUUUGUAUGACCAAAAUGUAAAUGGCUGUAAAUAAUGUGCUGAACUAGAACGCAUGCUUCUCUGCUAAUACACAAACCUGAGUGUGUGUGUGGUUUUGUGUAUGAGGGAAAAGACUGGCACAAUAUAUUUCCUUGUUUCCCUUAUUAGAUAAAAAAAAA